AUGAUCUAUCAAUGUAGGCAAGCAAUUGAUGGUGAAAUAAAAAAGGGAGGCCCAUUAGAUAAGAAAUCAGGAUAAAAUUAAUAAGCUAUUGGUUCUUUUACCGAAAAUGAGUCUUUCAAUAGACAUUACAAUAAAGAGCUAAAAGUAUCAGAAGAUGAGAUACCAAUUGUCUUGCUGGAGUUAAACGAGAGUGCUCUUGCUUUCAUAACAAGAGAACAGUUUGAAAAAGCACUUUUAUUACUUUAGAAAGCUCAUGGAGUCUUAGAUGUAGUUGACUUAUCGAAUUGCAAAAGAGAUCAAAUGAUUGCUUUAGAAAUUUUCCUAAAUAUGGCUUUGUGCUAUCAAAAGCUAGGACAACUCGAAGAAUGUUCACUUUGUCUUGAAACUUGCAUAGAGCAUCUCAGUGCAGGAGAUUAUCUCUAGCAAUUAAAGAAUCAAUCGCUUGCAAUGAGAAUAAUGAAAAUGAAACUAGAGUGCAAACUAAGAAUGUAGUUAUGUGCAAUCCUAUCUUAAUUGCAUCGCCAUCGAGAGGCACUUGAACAAGCUUAUGAAAGCGCAAAAAUUGGUAACGUCAUCGUUCAGGAUCAAAUUCAUCUAUGCGAAUACAUUUCUAAAAGAGUUGACUUUGAAUCAAUGAGGAAUAUGAACAAGCACCAAACUGUAAACGCUAUAAAUUUGACUGAGGAUAGCUAAAAUGGAUUAGAUAACGAAUCAAGUUUUUCAUAAGAAGAUGGUUUAAAUAUUGUUAACUAGUCUGUAGAUUCAAUCACACAGUAUUAAUCUCCUUAGGCUUUUCAAAAUAACCUAGAAGACUCUAUAUCUUUGAUAGAGAGAUCUGCCAAAAAGCUUUUGCCAAUAUAUAAGGAACUUCACAAAAGAUUAGUGCAAAUUAGAAAAUCCGCAACUGUCGAGCAAAAAUCAAAUAAAAAUGAUUUUGAAACAGAUAGAAUGGAAUCUGAUGACUUGACUGAUAUUGAUCUUUUAAAUGAUAACUCAAACAAUAAGAGAGGUCUUAGAAACAAAUCUCUUGGAAGAAUAACUGAAUUAAAAAAGAGAGAUCCUUCAAACGAGAAAAAACUUGGAGACAACCUCCUUGAUAUGAGACAUAUGCUUGGAUUUUUAAAUCAAUCUGAAUGGGUUACAUCAUUAAACAUAGGAAAUAUAAUGCAAAUCAGUCCAAUAUAGCAUGAAGAUUUGAUUGCUCACAGGAGAAAUGAAUAAGAAAUAUCAAGAGAUGCUUUCCUUGAGAGUGUAGGUAUUUUGCAAUAAUAAUUAUUUGAGGAAAUCAGUUAGAUAAACAAUUUCGAUUCAGCUUUUAAAACAAAAGAGUCAGAAUACUGGCAUGCAAAAUCAUUAGAAGUGGCUUGCACUUUCUUACCAAGUGAUUGCCCACUACUAAAUCAUGUUUUGCUAAGUUAUUAGAAGCAUCAUGCACCAUCUUCAACUGCUAUUCCUGAAAACUAGACAACAGAAGAAAUUCUUGAAAUUAUGAAGCCUCUAUUAGGAAUCGAAAAUAACAAAUUCCAACCUAUUAUUAGAAGAAUUUAAAACAUAAAAAUUGAGUUGUCGCCAGUUGCAAUUAAAAGCGCUAAAUCUACUGUUAAGAAGUUGCUAAGAAAAAUACAGCCACAGACCAUACCUUCAUUGAAUAAUCUUACACCAUUGGAUACAACAAAUGCCUAAAUAAGCACAGCAGUCAAGACACCAUAGAAUAUUAACCAGCUGCACAAAGAAAAGAUAGUGAAGAUUAUGAAAUUCGAAAAAGUAAUGAAGAAGUUUUGCAAAAACGUCGGAGUGGACAAAUUGACUCUGCUGACGAUGUUGGUAGGAAAGAGUAAUAUUGAAGAGUUUAUGAAUAAGAAUGAACUUUCUUCUCGCAAAGACUCACUCAAUUAGUCGAGAGAGAAUCUGAUUACGAAGGACUCAAUUUAAAUGAAUACAGGAUAAGCUGCUCAAUUGGCCUACAAUAACAUGAUUUCAGGAAUUGAUCCUGAUUAACCACAAGGUCAAAACUAUGUGAGAGUUAGAAAUUAAGUUUUCAAAUCGAGAAAUGGCAAUUAUUCAUUCAGUGAGAAUCGAGAAAAUGUAACUGCUCCUAUAUACGCAUAGUAGAAUAAUCUAUUAGAGAAUUUGACAAGGGGCUCUGUAAGUGAUGUCUUAAAUAAAAAUUACGAGUCAGAGAACAGCAUAUUCCAUGAGUUAAAGAAUAAUCUAAAUGAGAACUCUUUCAACGAGCAGAUUCUUGAGAAGAACAGAAUAAAUAUGAAUAGCAGAGAAGCUGCAAACUCAUCUAUAGUCGGAACUAUUCUGAGCAAAAGAUAAAAUUCUAAUGAGAAGCUAACACCAUUAAGACCGAGAUCAAGUAAAGGCAAUAGAUAGAUCUCUAAUAAUGGGUAGAUGUAAUUUCUAGGGAGUCAUUAGUAGAUUAUUUAAAAUUCAAAGUUUGGCAUGAAUAAAAGUGAGGAAAGGACCAAGAGUCAGCAAUAAUCGCGAACUCUUAAUAGCGGUUCGAAGUAGAAAUCAUCGAAUAAUGAAACUUUCUCAAAAAUGCUUCAGCAAAACUUGCUCAUGAAUUAACAGUAAUAGUAGCAGCUUCUAUAAGCUCACUAAUCCCUUAAAAUGCAAAAGAAGAGCUUCAACAAUAAUAACGGGCAGAAUAAUGAGAAUAAUUCUAGUAGUAACCCUUUAAUAGUUUAGGAAACAAAAAAGAACAAGAUAAACUACGAUGAUCUUAAGAAGUAUCUUAUUAAGGAGUAUUAAUCUUAAAAGCAGCAAAAUAAGCUUUCCAAUUUAUAUCUGAAACAAGAUGAUAUUACCAUGCUUCAGAGUAAAUCUAAGACUAAAUAAGGAAACAAUGGAGGAAGAAGCGGCAAGAAUUUAGGUUAAUAACAACAAUAGAUUUAGCUAAGUGCAUAAAACAUUGUAAAUUAGUAAAAACAAUAAUAGUAACAGAUUUACAUGACUUAGCAAAGACCUAUUUCGGUAGGAGCAGUUGGAAACAUUAAAAAGAGAGAUAAAAAUAAAGCACUUAUGCAGGAAUUAUUGAAUGGUGGAGGUAAUAAGAAUAAAUUAUUAGCAGGGGCCCCUCUUGUUGGAUUUUUGGGAAAUCACAAUCUCUCUGUGAAUAUUACUAAUAUUGCAGGGAACGUUAAUGGUCUCAGAUAACAGUAGUUCUUUGAUGAUGAUAUGAAAUAAAUUAAUAACAAUAAUGCAAAUAGCGGCUUUAUUAGAGCUGUUGGUGGAGCAGGAAGCCUGGUGGGUAUUGAGAACUUGUUGCCGAACCAUAAACUAGGAUAAUUCAUGAGUUUUGACGGCAGAAGAAAGUCACAGCCUCAAUGA